AUGGCGGAGGCCGGGCGCCCGGCUCUCUCCGACUGCGGCCCACUCCGGUGCCGGUCGCGCCUCCGGUUCUUGUUCCGGUUCCGGGCGGCGCGCUCGGCCGCCGCGACGUAUCCAACAGCUCACGCGGGCGCCGCCGCCACCGGAAACGGAAGCGCUCCCACCUCCCCGCGGGGGAACGGCGCCUCCCGGCAUGAGCCAAGAUGGGGGGCGCCGCGGGGCGCCGGGCCCUGCUGGCCGCGCUGCUGUGGGCCCCGUUCCUCGGCGGGGGGACGGGGGGACCGGCUGGAGGACGGGCAGGCUGGUUUUCGGGCCCCCCCCGCCGCCGAUGACCUGCUGUCACGGCUGGGCCGAGCUGCCUGGGGGGGCCUGGAGGGCUGGCUGGGCCCCCAGCCCCUGCAGCUGCUGGCCGAGAGCCUUGCCGCCGCCGCCUGGGUCGUGUCCUCGGGGAUCUCGGUGGCCCUGACCACGCUGGGCACCAUCCUGGGGGAUCUGCUGGCCGCCUCCGGCCUCGGCGGGGACAGGCUGGUGCGUGCGGCAGCGCUGGGCCCCAGCGAGGUGCAGCGGGUGCUGCUGUGGGGGCUGACUGCCCUGGUGGCUUCCUGGGUGCUGUCACGGCUGCUGCGGCUGCUGCGGCCCGUGCUGCGCUGGGUGAAGCUCUGCUGCUUCCUGGGUGCCUUCCUCCACGUCGCGGCCUCCCCGGAGAGCCCCACGGUGCAGGCGGGGAUGCUGCUGGCUCUCUGGGUGCUCUAUGCCCUUCUGGGGUGCCUGGAGGGACCCCCCAGCCCCAGCCCCCAGCUGGAUGCUGCCGUGCGCAGCCUGGAGUGGAAGGUGGAAGAGUUGCGGCGGCGGCAGAAGUGGGGGGGUCCCCGUAACCGGGAGGAGUGAGCUCCCCCAACCCUGCCCUGGGGGACAGCCUGUCCUGCUGCGCUGUCCCCAGCGUGCCUGUUGGCUUGGCUCUGUGCCCCCAAGCAUGCGUCCUCCCUGCUGAACCCCCGCGCCCCUUCCUCUGCCCCCCACCGCUGCACCAGUUCUCCUUGGGGGCCCUGCUCCCAUUAGCCCCCCAGCUUGGGAGCCCCCCAUCCCACUGCAGGCACAGGACCCCGCCCCCGCCCAGUGCAGCACCCCAAUACUGGGGACGUGCUCCCCGUGCACACACCACGGUGCCUUCACACAAGCCAAGAGUGCCUUCCCCCGGCGAGGGGGUCCUCCUGUGGCCCCGGCAGCCCCCUGUGUCCCCCCCAGCCCCAAAUCCAGGCCCACUAUGGAGGGAGAAGAGCACCCCAGUCCCCACUCACCUGGCCCAGUGGCUGUUGUGCCCGGCCAGCCGGCUCCGGCAGCGGCUCGACACACAGAUGGGAACCUGCUCCCUGCUCCGGGCUCCCUUGGGGCCGGCGGCCGGGCCCUGCGCUGUCAGUCCUUGGGUUUUAAGCUGCUUUUUAAACUGUUUUGAUAUAUGGUUCUGAAUAAACACGGUUAUAUCCUA